AUGAAGACCCUCGGAUUUCAUCUAUAUCGCGCUUGGGUAUUCUUCGGCCGCUUAGCUCAUAAAGCAAAAGGGGAAGAGAGAGAGAAAAUCGAACAACUCUCGCAAGCGUCAGAUCGUGAUUCAGAAUGGGAUACCGUCAGCGGGUCUAAAGCCGAAGACUCUCGUUCAUCUGAGGACAGCUUCUGGCCAGAAGGAUGGUUGAAACCAGCUCUUCACCGACUAAACGAUGAUGUUCUUUGCUAUCUUGCCAAUUCUAUCCUGCCUCCUGACGAUGCAGCGGCCUUUUCACUUACCUGUAGAGCAGCCUAUAAAGCCACCAGUGGGAGAAGAAUUCUACAAAGGCUCAACAAGGAGCCUGCCUUGUACCGUGCCAGAUCUCUCGAGCACCUGGAAUUGGACUUCCCGAAAUACGUCCUUUGCUAUGAAUGCGGUAAAUAUCAUGAUCGGUUGCUACAGGGUUUUUUCGGCCUAACGCCCUGUGACCUUAACGGCAUUCAACUGGACUAUGCCCCGAACUUUCGGCGUCUGUACUAUAGACAAAUAAAAGAGCUUGCUAAUCACUAUAGAUUAGGCCUUCGCUACAAACGAAAUGAGCUUUAUAUGAUACCCCAGACGCCCUAUUUCAAGAGAGACAUGGAAAGAAAGAUCGCACAUGCUGUACAUAUCAGGCCAAAGGCCAUCAAUAACGCAGGGAACUUCGAAUUGAUCUUCAGGAGAACCUCGUAUGUGGAAUACAAACAUACUAGCAGGAAGUCGAGGCAAGAGGCAAUAUACGCUACCAGUUGCAGAAGCCACCAUCUUUGGCCCGGCUUCAAGGAAGAGAAGCUAGCACGAGAAAUGCUUCCACUAUGCUAUCGAUGUGAGAUGUGCGGUGCUGAGAGGCAAUUCACUAUUUCCUACUUAGCCUCAAAGCCUGGGUAUGCGGUUAUUCGCAGUACUAUGUGGGAAAGCCCAUCCAGAGGGUCGGAAAACAGUCUCAUCUUGCUAAUUGACCGUCUCCCUUCCGUGACAAAUCCGCCCAAGGGACCGCCAUUCGAUACUGCCCUGGCGUCCAACGCGUUCGGCCAGAGCAACCUCCUACGGUCACGGCCGUUCGACUUCCAUCGCUUCGUCGCUUUACAGGCUCAUUCACUGUCCAGUGCCGUGCAGAAGAUGGGCGAGCAAGAGAAGGCCAGGACCUCCGGCGAGAUACAGCCUGGUGCUGCCGCUGGGCCGGCCAUGGCCAUGGAGAUAGAUGACAGAAAGGACGAUAGCCAGACACUGCCGACCGUCAACCCGGCGGCGACGAAGAGCGAACCGCCCAAGCCUUCAUUCCAUCCGGCAUUCUACGUGAUCGCUUGGAUUACGUUGAGUUCGGCGGUUAUUCUGUUCAACAAGGACCUGCUCGAUAAGAAGCAGAACAAAUUCCCAUUCCCCGUCAUCCUUACAACAUGGCAUCUUGCGUUUGCGGCCUUCAUGACACAGGUACUAGCACGAACCACCAACCUCCUCGAUGGACGGAAGAAGGUUAAGAUGACUGGCCGUGUCUACCUCCGUGCUAUAGUGCCAAUUGGCUUCUUUUUCAGUCUGAGCUUGAUCUGUGGAAACAAGACGUACCUCUAUCUCAGCGUUGCCUUCAUUCAGAUGCUCAAGGCCACUACCCCCGUUGCCGUGUUGCUCGUCACCUGGGCCCUCAGCAUCUCUCCACCUAAUAUGAAAGUGCUUAUGAAUGUAUCUUUCAUCGUCAUUGGUGUUAUCAUUGCCUCCUUCGGCGAGAUCCACUUCGUCAUGAUCGGAUUUAUCUUCCAAAUUGCAGGUAUCGUCUUCGAAGCUACUCGUCUCGUCAUGGUGCAGCAGCUCCUUAGCGCUGCUGAGUACAAGAUGGACCCCUUGGUCUCGUUGUACUACUUCGCCCCAGUCUGUGCUGUCAUGAACGGCGUGGUUGCAUUGUUCAUGGAGGUGCCAGACUUGACUAUGGACCAUAUCUACAAGGCCGGUGUUAUCACCCUCCUGGCCAACGCCAUGGUUGCCUUCCUUCUCAACGUCUCCGUCGUUUUCCUGAUUGGUAAAACUUCUUCUCUUGUUUUGACCCUCUGCGGUGUCCUCAAGGAUAUUCUUCUCGUCACCAUUUCUGCUUUGUGGUGGAAGACUCCCGUCACUCCUCUCCAGCUCUUCGGUUAUACCAUUGCCCUGGGUGGUCUGAUCUACUACAAGCUCGGCGUCGAGAAGAUGAAAGAGUACACCAACCAAGGUCUCCGCCAAUGGGCAGAGUACUCCUCCACUCACCCGGCCAGAAGUCGCCUCAUUCUCAUUGGAAUGGGCGUCCUCGUCCUCGUCAUCCUCAUGUUCCAGUUCGGAGGCUCCGUUGACCCCAAAGUUGUCAAGGGAAUGCUUCCAGGCAAAGUCUCCGGGCAGUAA